UUGCAGUUUUACCUAAGUAGAAACUAUUAUAUAUUUUUUAUAUAUAUAUAUAUAUACACACACAUGUAAGAGAGUGAGGGCUUUUUAGUGGGUUGUGGGUGUGUGUUGGUAUGUGCAUAAGAGAUUUUACUCUGCUGAUAUUGCAAUGCUUAUCCAAGCAGCUGGAGCAGAUCUGGAAAGAGACCUACUGAGAUGACCGUGCCUAACAUCAGCCACAGUUGCAGUGGCAAGCAGCUGGAGCAGAUCUGGAAAGAGACCUACUGAGAUGACCGUGCCUAACAUCAGCCACAGUUGCAGUGGUGUUAACAGUGUUUGGUGCAGCAACAGCAGCAACCAGAGACAUGGACAAGAGCAGAAUUUGAGUCCCACUGGCCACCUGAUCACUGCCAUCUGCCUUGGCAUCAUCGGGACCCUGGGCUUCCUCAAUAAUCUCUUGGUCCUGAUACUUUUCUGCAGGAAUAAAGUGCUACAGUCUCCGAUUAACCUGCUGCUGAUGAACAUCUCUGUGAGCGACAUGAUGGUGUGCAUCAUGGGCACCCCGUUCAGCUUUGCCGCCAGCACUCAGGGACGCUGGCUCAUCGGGCCAGGUGGCUGCAUCUGGUAUGGCUUCAUCAAUACUCUCUUUGGUACAGUUUCACUUAUAUCUUUGGCUGUGCUCUCUUAUGAACGCUAUUGUACAAUGAUGGGAACUACAGAAGCAGAUGCCACAAACUAUAGGAAAAUAUGGAUGGGAAUCUUCUUGUCAUGGAUGUACUCUUUAUUCUGGACCUUACCACCCCUUUUUGGAUGGAGUAGUUAUGGACCGGAAGGACCAGGGACAACAUGUUCAAUAAACUGGCAUUCAAGGGAUGCUAACAAUAUAUCGUACAUCAUAUGUCUCUUCAUCUUUUGCCUUGUAAUUCCUUUUUUCAUUAUUGUUUACUCUUAUGGGAAGCUGCUAUGUGCUAUAAAGCAGGUGAGUGGUGUUACUAAAGGAAUAGGCCGGACAAGAGAGCAACGUGUACUGAUCAUGGUGGUUGUGAUGGUAAUUUGUUUUCUCCUGUGCUGGCUGCCAUAUGGGAUCAUGGCCCUGAUAGCUACUUUUGGAAAACCUGGUCUAAUUACGCCGUCCGCCAGCAUCAUUCCGUCAGUCCUUGCAAAAAGUAGUACAGUCUACAAUCCAGUCAUCUACAUAUUUUUGAACAAACAAUUUUACAGGUGCUUUUGUGCACUUCUGAAAUGCGAUAAGAGGACAUCUUUUACCACCAGCAACAAGUUUUCUUCAAAGUCCACCCGAGUGUGCCGCACUGCACCAAGGGUACAGGACAACAACUUCACAUUUGUUGCUGCAUCUGCAGGACCACCAUCCUCAGAACGGCAGGAGGCCACUGUUAGCUUGCAGAAUCCAGAGCCAACCACGGACAAUGGCCCAAGGGCAAAACGAGAAGUGCUACUUAUAGCUCACUAUAGCGCUUAAUCAAGGCAACCACAGACUUAUACUACAUGAUUUGGAGGGUGUUGGUGGACAGGAGAAACAACUGUCAACUGGUUUUGUUAGUUUAAAUCCGUAGGUAAGGAUGGACACAAAGCUUAGUGUAAUAAGCUGAGGUCACAGUGUUGCACCUGCUGAAAAUUUGCCUACCGCUUAAAGUGAUGUAUGUUCAAUCCACCAACAAGCUGUUGCUGUCAUUCCUGAAGAUCCUGGUAAAUGGAAUUUCAGAAUCUUUGGGUGGUGGUUAAUUAAACAAGGGUCUCCUCUUAAAAUGUGUGUGUGUUGAGGGGUAAAUUAAAAAACCCACAACACUUAAACACAUUCUAAAGAUUUUUGUUAUGCUAGAAAGAGGUCUGAUGCCUCUUAUUGUACCCAUUAUAAGUGUCAGGUGUUCCAUCCUGGAAUUUGUCAGAAUAUUUCAGCACUGAAUAGAAGCCCAGCAAAUGAGUAACUUAUUUUACACUGGCAUGCAACAUCAGCAGUAUUACAGAGCCUGUCCUUUUCUCAAAUUAUGUAAAUACGUGCUUUGGAUUAUACUGUAUCUUAAACUCAUUUAACUCUUCAGUACAAGCCUGCAUACAUUAUAAUAAAUUUUUAAUAUCUUGAGCCACUCAGAAAUUAAGCUAUACAUAUUGGACAUUUGCCAAAGGUUAAUUCUUGCUAGAUAAACUAUUAAAAAUAAUACACAUUUGUAGGAUUCAUGAAGGAUUCUGAUUUUGGGAGAAGAGGGAAAGUUAAGCUACAGUUAUUGUGGGGAUAGCUGGUAGAGAUCUAUUCACUUGCUUAAGCAAACGAGGCAGCAAAGAGAUCUAUCUUGCCUCUUUCCAGAGCCAUGGAUCUAUAAAUAAAUUCAAACUAGUGUAACUGAGCACGAGUUCAGAAGAGCAUCCUUAUUCAGAGCAUGAAGAUGAUUGAUCCAGCAGAUCAUUGCACUGAUGCCUGGAUCUGUAAAAAUUAAGCUCUUUUUUGGAGAGCAUAUUCUUGACUUUUCAGGAUGGGAGAAGGAUGCACACCAACCAUGUCUUCAACCAUUCAGUGUAAUUCGAUCUACAAAGAGGCACAAGUGUUGACAUAUUCCAGUGGAAGAAGUUAGUCAUCCCAGUCCACAGUCACAAAUACAUUGAAGAGUUUCCUUGUAAGUCAUCAAUAUAUAAGUCGGCAUAUGCCUCUAUUUUACCUGGAGGUUUCUGGUUUUUCAUAAACUGUCCAAUGAACUUCUUUCAGGACACUUAAGUGUCCCAUUUUGGCAGUUUCAAAACGCUUGGAUUUUUAUAAGUCGAAAGUGUUCAAAACAUAUUGCCAUACAAAGAAGAGUUUGCUCAGUAUUUAUCAGGAACAAACAGUCCAGCGUUCACUGUAAUGUGAAGAUUUGAAAGUGCAGACACUCAAAAAUGCUCUUUUUCUCAAAGUGAAAAUGAAUGGCACUUAACAUUUUGAAUGAGUUUCAGGAAACUUAUGCUACUGGAAAAAAAAUCCUCAACUUUGUCACUGUUACUGUCACUGUUAAGUUAGAGAGUGGGAGUCACCAGUACACUUUUAAAAAGAUAUAUAUUUGUAUGAAUAUUUCAGGACCCACAAAAGGCUAGAGCAUCAGCUGGUGUAAAAUGAUACUUGUAGACUUGGUAUUUCCAAACCCAUGCUUGAGCAUCCACACUGCAUUAUAAACCUGGGUUUACAAUUGCUGGAGCCAGGUCUUACAGCUGUGCUAACACAUCUAUGCUGCACUAUGCAAACCUUCUGACUUGGGGUCUGUGGCUUGAGCUGCAUCCACACUGCAAAGUGACAGAGCUUGGAUCAGAGUCACAGCAGGACUCAGGCGCUGACCCACCCACUCACCUUCGCAGGUUCCUAGGACCCAGAUCCCAAGUGCUUGCUGACCCAAGUCAGACUAAUUGGUGUGUGGACAGAAGAGGGAUUUGGGCUUAAACCUGUAUCAAACCUUGGGCUUAGUAUGCAGUGUAGACAUACCCUAUAGAAAAGCAGGAAAUACCAUGUUGUGGAUCUUCCUCCUAAUCCGUUUUCUGUAAUGUAACUGACCUCUGGCAUACUCUACAGGCAGAUGAAAGUGGCAUUCAGAAGCUGGUGUAAGUCAGUGUGGCCAUACCAACUUCAGUGCAUCAAUGCCAGUUUCCACGUGCAUUGCCCAGACUACAUCUCCCAGGAUGCACAAUGGCAAUUCAGCCAGAGGGGAGACAAUGCAUCAUGGAAGUAAUAGUAUAGCCAGGGAACCCAGCCCAUAGAGAGUGGGGGAAAAUGAAACACCUAAACCACAACUCCCAUGAGACACUAUCACAGCUCAGGCAGUUCAAUGCUGAAGUGUCCCAAACCAAAGUGUUUAGAUUUGGGUCAACCCAAAACCAAACAUUUUGUUUCUAUUUUCCUAUAAAAAGUUUGAAAAAAUUCACAGCCAAUGAAGUUUUCUUGUGGAAAGUUUUGAUUUUGGAAGCUAUUUUCCGUUGAAAAAACAUGAGUGGAAAAUUCCUGUCCAGCUCUACUCAAAAAGGUUCAGGGAUUCAUUUUGGAAAGGCAACUAUCUAAUGGGCCUGAUCAUCCCAUUAGUUGCACGCUUUGAAGUCAAUGGGAGAUGCAUCACUGGCCUUCAGAUACUCAUCUGAACUUUAUCCAGACAAUUCCAAGCUUCUUGAUCCUGCAAAACUUGGCAGAAACUUUCAAGAGAAGUAUCUCUCAUGGUACUUCAGAAAUUCCAUGUAUUAUCCCAGACAGAAUCAGGAAGUACCAAGAAACACAGAAAUAAGUAAUGUUAGGAAAGAAUUACACGCAUUUUUGAUCUUUAAAAGUGGUUAAGAUGGGUUCAUUUCAAGUUGUCCAUUUUAAAUCUUUCUUUAUCCAGAACAGUAUACCCAUCCCUAGCUGGGCUAGAAACCCAAGAGGUCCUCUACCAUCAAAUUUCAAUUAUUGCUUAGAAGAAAGAAACUAAAUAUGCACUUCAUGUCUGCCCUGGAAGUAUAGACAUUGAGCACCAGAAUAUUAUAACAAUCAAGUACUAUUUUUUCAGAUAAUUUUAAAUAUUAAAUGUACUACUUGGGAAAAGUACAAACAAUGAAAAAUGAAUUUCAUUUAAAAUACAUGGCAUGGAGAUCAGUGCCAACUUCCCCAAACCACCUCCAGCCUUGACACAGAGGGAACAACUCCAGGGAGGAAAAGUUGUUUGUUCUCUAAGUCCAUUUAAUCGUUGGCCUCUUUGCUGAGCCUGCCAACAAGUGAGUCAACCAGCACCAACUGCGAGUGUAAUUUUUUUGUGAUGUGCUCACUUGCCUCCUAGGAAAUUGAGUGAAACUGUCAACUCAAUUCAAAUACGGCAGGCCAGCAAACAGCCAGCAGAGAGCAACGACUUACAGCCCCUAUCAGUCUCAGCUGCAGGGAGUGGCUUCAUCCCUUGUUAACUUUGCCAUGAGCCCACCAUUCUCCCAGGCAGAAAUAACGUUUUUUCAGUUCCGUUGUUUUUUGCACAAAGUUCAUCAUAGAAGCCUGCAUUUUUCUUAUGCUUGGUUCAUUAUUAAGAGGCAUGAGAGUUAAAAAAUCAGCUUCAAAUUUCUCCUUCUCCCGCUACCCUUUAGGCUGACAUAAUUCUCAAUGCAUUUUCAAAUUUUUCAAGCUAUCGGAUAAGCGUCACAAUUGAUUUCCUCAGUCUCCCGCUCUACACAAUGCAACAGACUGUUACUUGUAAUGAGGUUUUAGGCUCCUGAUGGAAGUCAGAAAUACAGCAAACAUGUUGAACUGCAUAAGAUCGUGAAACCCUGAUGGUGUAAUGUUGAUGGCAGGGUAAGCAAGCUUCUGACAGAAAAUGAAUAUCGCACAGAAGCAGGUUUGUUCCAUUGCUCAUGCUGUCACAGGUGAUACAGCAUGGAUGUGUGGAGUAGCAUGUCAGUACAGUUCUGAGAAUAUUAGCAAACAGCUGAUUAUUUGGGGAGCUUUAAACAUGGACAAAAUACAGUACAAUGUUACUUUAUAGUUCAGAUGGUUUAAUCUGUAUUCCUCCAUUUUUUAUUCACCAAUUUAAAUAUAUAGGCCUGUACAAAAGUCACCUUUCAAGUUAGAUCACAUUUUUCCUGAUCUUGAGGGUAGAACGUAAACUAAAGUUUCAUUGUAACUAUUUAAGUGUAUUCUUGUUACCCUUGUUAUUGCGAGCCUUCUUGUUAUGUGUAUAACGACACAAACUGCAAUUACAUUUCUUUUAUAAUUUAUUGUUCUUGGAUCAGAAUAUCAGUAAGUAUUUGAAUGAUGCCUGGUAUUUUUAAACAGAAUUGGAGCCAACAAAAUAAGGCAGCUUAAAGUGGAAGAAGUCUAAGUGGGGAAAACGUCAAAAGCAAACUGUUAGUUAAUAUGUGUGCACACUGAUAAUGAAUACUGUACGUUAAUUGCCAAUACUGCUCAUGUUUUAAAUGGUAUUUUGUCCUUUUUAAAUUGCAAUUCUCUUCAUUAAGUUUUCCAUGCACCUCUUUCCUUUGCGUGAACUUUUGUCUAUAAAUGGUUUUUAUUAAGUGUCAAAUGUGUUUCUACUUAGCUAUUGACUUUGUUAUUCCAUACUCGUGAUGGCUUUUGCAUACAUAUGACUAUGAGCUCUGUACUUCCUGUGACUCCAUCAUUUCUUCUCGCAUUCUGACAGUUCAGCUUCAGUGUAUGUUCUCGAGCUGUUAAAAAUGUUAACUUGUGUUUUAAUUUUUAACAGAAAUUGCUAAUUAAGCAGGAAAUUUGUUCAUCCUAUGUCAAAUUCACGCAAUUGUUAAGACUCAAAGUGACAGCUGAGAUUUUCAGAACCAUGUAAUGCGUUUGGACAUAUGGGAUAGGAUUUUAAUAAAACAACGAAAGGGUUCAACUCCCAUUGAAAAUUGGGCUAACUCUCUUAGGAUGCCAUUUUCAGAAGUGACUUAGUUCCCAUUAAAGUUAAGAUGUUCCAAAGCCCUGGAACAUCUCAGCUGAUGUUUCUAUUUAGACAAACUUUACUGUACGUACACCGGGAAUUCCAUAUGCCAUUUCAAAAGGUUGCAUAUCUAAAGAUUCUGCAGCAAGUGGCUGAUGGAAGUGAUGUCUUUGGGGGAUCCAGUACUCUGAAACUACAAGUAAACCUUUUUUUUUUUUUUAUGAUCAGCCUCAUUUAUGUACGAACCUUCCUCCCCAGUAUAACUUGUCCAUAGGUUAUACACUGCUCAUAGGUGAGAAUUUCUGCAAACUGGUGGGGGGAAGGGGAAAUUGCAGCUGUUGUUGAGUAUAGGAUGACCAAAAAUACACUCUCCAUUCUAAACAAAAACAAAACAAAACCUUUGACCAUUUUUGAAUAGCUCUAGCAGAAAGUAGGUUUAGGAAUAGGAAGGUGACAUUUGUCCCCACUAUCAUCUUUAUGGAGGAGAUACACCUCCAAGUUUUCUAGCAAAGACUGGUUUUGAUCUGGUGGGAUAUGACCCCUUGAACGUCACACUGCACAUGCCCAGGUCAGUUUAAUAUGAACCAUGCUCUUGUACAGAAUUUUUGCAUUACACUCAUUAAGCAUGUAGCUAUGGAAGGCCACACUGGGUGCCCAUACAUAAGGUCUCAAUUCAGGAAAGCAUGAGUUUGAUUUUAAGCAUAUGUUCAAGUCCAAUUUAAGUCAAUUUUUAAUGUGUAACCACAUCUGAUCUAUAAAAGUCAAAAUACACUGGAUUAACAGAGUGUGGGUCUACUUGGCAAACUGGGCAGUGGUUAGACAGUUGGAGAAAUGCCUGUUCUGCACAUUUUUGUGGUUGAUAAACAAGAGCUACACAGUUAGGGCAAAAUCCCACCCCAAGAUAGCCCAAUUACUCAGGGUAUAUGGUCCGGGGAUCUUUUCAGAUAGCCCUUCUGCCACACACAUGCACUCCAAGGCAGCUGCUGACAGCCCCAGUGGACUCUGAGCUGCUGUUUCCUUGUUCCUAUGUCAGUCAAUGUGUCCAGUGGAAAACCCACCAGUCUACAACUGUUGUCAUCCCUAAAUACUUCCGCAGUCUGCCUGCUUCAUCUAUGUGGAUAUCAGACUCCUGGGGCCACAGCAGCUGGAAUGCUGAAUUUGCUCAUCUGUGUUGCUCUAUUCCUGCUUAUGGGCGUUAGAAAGAUAGCCCAGCAGCCUUUCAAAGCUUUAUAACUGGUGUUUCUUACAAGAUAAGAGAUGCAUUGAACGUCACGUAUUCAGCUAAAGUGAUGACUAGAUCCUACUCCCUUUGAAAGCACAAGCAGUAGAACAGAGCCCAUUUUUUGUCAGUGGGAAUAGAAUUUUGUCCAAUAUGCAAGAUCUCCAAAGUAUGCUUUCUUUGUCACUAUUUAUCUGGUAUUAACCUCCUCUUAUUAUUUAAUAGCUAGCAUCAGUGCAGAAACAAAGGGCCACAUCACCGUUAGAUUUAUGUAGACACAUGCUAGUGAUAAACAGCUGAAGUUCUGCUCACCCAAAUGAAGGUAAUAUAUAGCCUAAAUGGGAGUUGCUGGACCGGAAAGUAGACAAUAUGUCCUCCUAUACAUAUAAGCUAUUUAAAAUAUUGGAUAGACUGUACAUACAGACUGUAUGUUGAAUAAAAUAUUUUG